AUGACGACGGAGGCGUCGACGCAAUCAUACAGCGAGCAAUGGUACUGGGACGAUCGCUACGCGAACGAAUCUGAACCGUUCGAUUGGUACCAAAAGUAUUCUUCAUUAGCUCCUCUCAUCAAUCUCUAUGUCCCUCUCCGUAAUCACCCUGUCCUCGUCAUUGGCUGCGGAAACUCAGCGUUCAGUGAAGGAAUGGUGGAUGAUGGGUACGAAGAUGUAGUCAAUAUCGAUAUUUCCUCUGUUGUGAUCGAUACAAUGCUCAAGAAAUAUUCGGACCGUCCUCAGCUCAAAUAUUUGGAGAUGGAUGUGCGUGAUAUGAAGGCAUUUGAAGCUGAUUCUUUUGAUGCUGUAAUUGAUAAAGGAACCUUGGACUCCAUUUUGUGUGGGAGCAAUUCGAGGCAAUACUCAUUGCAAAUGCUUGAGGAGGUUUGGAGGGUCCUCAAGGAUAAAGGAGUCUAUAUUCUGAUUACAUAUGGAGCUCCAAAUUACCGCAUUCGGCUGCUUAAAGAAUCAUGCUCGUGGACAACGAAACUCCAUGUGAUAGACAAAAGUUUAACCGAACAACCAUUGGAAACCCCAAAAUGGGAACUGACAAAGCCUAUUCCUCUAGAUGUUGACGGAAGUUCAGUGGAAUCUGCAAUUGGCAAGAGCCCUGAUGUCCAUUACAUCUACGUCUGUACUAAGGAUGAGUCGUUGAAGACGAAUGCAGACACAGUCUGA